GUGACGCUGGAAAACAGGUCCAUGCAUUUGUUGCUUCAAGGCUGCACGGCUGCAACACCAACAGAUUUCACCUAAAAUGCACAACAUCAUGAAACCCAGUGUAUGAUUAAAUCUAUCUAAUAUAACGCUGGGGAAGAAAACACAGAACUGACCCUGAUUCACGCCAUGGUUACUGGUUGUUGUGGUAACCACCAACUUUCAAGAGCAACAUAACUGACAGGAGGGCAGCGCAGAGAAAGAAACACUUAAACAUUUCAUCUGCUGCUGACACUCAUCACCAGUAUUAUUAGUCGACGUUGUGUUUUUUUGGUCUCGGUAUUUUUCAUGUUAGGAUCAUGUCUGCUUUCUGGACUGUUUCUGCUGUGCUCCUCCUUUACUUCAUGCAGGACAGUGACUGUUCUCGUCUGAUCUACGCAAAAAUUGGUGACUCAGUUAUCCUGCAUCCAAGUCAGACCUUUGAGUCCAUGUCAACCAUAACCUGGAUGCACAACAUGAACGCCAUCAUGCAGUGGAGGUCUGGAGGUGAUGCAGUUUGUUUAGGAGAUUUUAUUGGUCGCUGUCGUUUGGACAAACCAACUGGAAGUUUGCUCAUUAAACAUCUAACAGUAGAGGACACCGGCAAGUACAACCCUGAGAUUGACAACAAGAUUCUUGAUGUGACAGAGCUCUGGGUUAUAAAACCGGUCCCAAAACCCACAGUGUCUGCAGAAUGCAACAACGGUAUGUCCGUUUGUGACCUCACCUGUGAAGCCAACAUCACUUCUCAUUUUGGACCCGUCAUGUAUAGAUGGGAAGCAGGAGACAAACUGCUGUCCACUAACAUGAAGAUUAGCUUAACAAGGAAUAACAUGGAGCGCUCCUUUGUCUGCAAGUUGCAAAACCACGUUAGCAACUCGUCCAGUGAUGAGGUCCCUAACCCCAUUGUCCCUCAAGGAAUUCAUCCUGCAGGAGUGGCUGUACCAAUUGUGGUUCUGGUCCUGUUUCUGGUUGCAGUUGGUAGCUAUAUGAGGCAGAGGAAUGAUGAAAAACAAGUACAGACUGUUGAAGAAGUCCAUGUCAAGCGGUCUGCUUUGAGCCUGAAAGCCUUGAGGAAUAAUGGAGUAAGUUUGGAAAGUUUUGAAAGUGGACCAAGCCCAUCUCCAGUAAGGAAGUUCAGCUCUGCACGAGAAAUUUAUCUCCAAGAUGAUGAAGAACGGUGGGUGCAGAACCAUCCGGAGUACAGGAACCUAACUCCGGAGCUACGGGAAUUCCGACUUCAUAGAGACUUGUAAAUUCAUUACAGAUGUAUCGAGUCAAGCAAAGCACCGCUUGACCUAUUUCUUUUGCCACCUCACAACAAACUACAUAGAUUUUUGGGGGAUUUUGAAAGCAAAGUAUUUUAGAUCAAUCAUUUGUUACACCCCAAAUCAACCUUUUCUGCUCAUAAACUCUCUAAGUUGGUCUUUAUGUUUCUGUAAAAAUUGUCACAUAUUUGUGUUUAAUUCUGUAAUGUUAGGCCUAAAACGGUAUGAGUGCUGCCCUCUUCGGGUUGAACAGGGUAACAACUGUACAGCUUGGUGGGCGUUUGUGCCACACAGCACCAUGUUUGGGUGUAAAACCUUCUCACUCUGGACAGUUACUGCAGCGUGAUCACAUGCCAUCAACAUAGAAAUCUCCAGUGCAUAGUGAUGCGAUUUCACUAUGCACUGAAGAUUAUUAACCAGAAAAAAAUCCAAGAGACCUAUUUUAACUCUGGAGGAGCUGCAGAGAUCCACAGCUCUGGUUGGAGAAUCUGUUCACCAGAGCUGGGCAGAAAAUGGUUCCAUGCACUUAAUUGUAUCUACUUGAGUAACUUUAACAGGAAAAUAACUUAAAAAUUGUUUUACUGCGCCACACUUUUUAUUUUUAAAUGAGUAACAGUGUUAUGAAGUUCUCUUACUUCAUUCUACUUGGGUGAAAUUUCAUUUCACUCAAACAACAAGUAAUUUGAAUGUAGAACAAGUUCUAACCACAUUCUACCAGACACAAAAUUUAUGUCAAAGUGAGACCUCUUAUUUAUACACAAGCUUUAUCAUCUGUAAUGCUAAUUUUAAAUUGCUGAGCUAUUUGGAAAUGGAGAAGAUAUAAUAAACACCAGACAUAAUCCUGAAAGUUCAUCUAUAGACUUUUAUAUAAUAUAAAAGUUGAAUAUUUGCACUGAACAAAAGAGACACUGCCACAUGUUUUUAUGUCUGAGGUUAAUUCAAGAUAAAGUUUAGAGUACCACCACAAGUUAGAUUUAUUAAAUGCCAGAAAACAUCAUUUUCCCGGGCAAUUGUUAGAACUUUUUCAAUAAGUUUCCAUACAUUUGGUCGGUAAUUGUCUUUUUGAACUUGGGUCAAACAUUUCUUCUACCUAAAUGUGUUCUUUUAUAAUUAUUUUAUUUGUGUUAUUUUGAUUUUUUCAUUUUAGACUUUAAGAUGUGUGAGGUAUUUAUGCUGCUUCUAGUUAAGACAAGUGUGGUUACUUGAGCAUGCACGUAAGUAAGGUAAUGUUACGUUGUCAUGGUUACAAAUAAACAAGUGUCGU